CGCGUGUGUCGCAACAAGCUGAAAGUCCAUCUGUGCUGGUUGCUCUCAGUCCUUUCCAUCCACCUCAGGUCUUUUCCUGACGCCGCGUCGACGCCACAUCACAGACAUGAGUGGACGAGUUGGAGACUUGAGCCCGAAACAGGCUGAAACUUUAUGUGAGUUUCGGGGGAGGAUUCAGGACAUCCUGCCCGUCCUGCCUGCCCAACAUGACCACUACCUCCUGCGCUGGCUCAGAGCUCGAAACUUCAACGUCCAGAAAUCUGAGGCCAUGAUAAGAAAGCACGUGGACUUCAGAAGACAGAUGAAAGUGGACACCAUCAUAACAGACUGGAAACCUCCAACGGUGAUUGAGAAGUAUGUGUCGGGGGGGAUGUGUGGCUACGACAGGGAGGGGAGUCCCAUCUGGUACGACGUGAUCGGACCACUGGACCCUAAAGGUCUGCUGCUGUCUGCCACCAAGCAGGACUUCCUGAGGUCCAAGGUCCGACACUCUGAGAUGCUGCGUCUGGAGUGUCACAGGCAGUCGCAGAAGCUGGGGAAGAACAUUGAGUCCAUCACUUUGGUGUAUGACUGUGAAGGACUGGGGCUCAAACACGUUUGGAAACCUGCUAUCGAGACCUACGGAGAGGUUCUCACCAUGUUUGAGGACAACUAUCCAGAGGGGCUGAAACAGGUUUUUCUGAUUAAAGCUCCCAGAAUGUUUCCCAUGGCCUACAACCUGAUCAAACACUUCCUGUGUGAGGAGACGCGACGCAAGAUCAACGUCCUAGGGAGCGACUGGCGUGAGGUGCUGCGUGCCCACAUUGACCCGGAGCAGCUCCCCGUGGUGUACGGAGGAACCCUGACUGACCCGGAUGGAGACCCGCGCUGCAGAACCAUGAUCAACUACGGAGGGACAGUGCCCAAGUCCUACUAUCUUCGGGAAUGUGUGAAGGUUCAGUAUGACAACAGCGUGACCAUUAGCCGAGGCUCUAACUUCCAACUGGAGUAUGAUGUCACGGCAGCCAACAGCCUCCUGAGGUGGCAGUUCGCCAGCGAUGGCGCCGACAUCGGCUUCGGCGUUUACAGACGGACCAACGAGGGCGGGCGUCAGAAACCAGCCGAGAUGCUGCAGGUUCUGCCCAGCGAUCGCUACAAUGCACACCUGGUUCCUGAAGAGGGCGGCCUCACCUGCUCGGAACCAGGAGUCUAUGUGCUGUGCUUCGAUAACAGCUACAGCAUCCUUCAGUCCAAGAAGGUGAGCUACAACGUGGAGCUUCUCCCUCCUGGAGACGAGCAGCUGCAGCUUCCCUGAGGUCCAGCGCUGACAGCCCGCUCUCUGUGCUCAUAGCGCUCAGCUACAUCAGCUGGUGGUGACGUUAUGUAACGGUGAACAGCACAGUGAACAUCUGUUUGGUCUCUGAACAUCAGUGUCUGAGAAAACUUCAACUGGAGCAAUUAAGGAUUUAAUAUUUUACUUUGUUUCAUGGGACAUAAAUGCUUUUUAAUCCUCACUAUGCAUUUAAUGACUAAACUAACUGCAGGACUGAAAUUCAACUUUUUAAUUGUAGAUAUAAUGGACACAGAUAUUCGUGUAAAGUCUCGUAUCAGAGGAAUAAAAGCUUCUCCAUUGUCCACGCAUAAACCUGUGAUCAGGGCUGUAAAUUCAACAGAGAUGUAAAGAUCAGCCACACCUUAAAAACUUUGAAUGAUUUACUGACAGAAUAACUUUAGGAGCAAAUGUAUCUUAAUGUCUGGGGGCUAAUUCAGAACUUGGCAUUGGUGAAUAACAAGACGCUUCCUGUCAGUAAAAGGAUCAGUUGACGCAUUAACGUCCUUAGAAUAAAAGCAGAGACUGCACAUAUG